GUGCCACAUCGCGGAAUGCGGCUGGUGCAGAGGACUGCACGAGUGUUUUGAAAUCACACGUGUGUUGGGGUACUUUUAAAAAUAUUUAUGUUUGUGUUCAAAUCUAGUCUCGUGCAAAAGAGGGGAGGGUCUUUCGAAACCUCGCCUUGGUCCAGAAUCACCUAAAAUAGUUCGUUACGUGUUCUGAGGCUAAGUUCUUCAAAUUCCAUGGGGACCUUAACCUUCCCAUGUGUGAACAGGCAACUCCAAAUUUGAAGAAGUAAUAGUUAUCCCGCGUACCUGUGCCAAAGGAAAAAGAGGAAAACUACACACUGCCAUGGAUAUUUUCAAACGAAGACAAGAUUCGUCAAGCGAUGACUCUGACGACGAGAUCCCACCAACACCCGCUGCAAAGUCCACUCCUCUGGUCCCUUCAAACCGUCUGAGGAAACAGUCGUCUUCCUCUGACAGCUCUUCAAACGGAGGCCAAAUUCAGACGCCUAGAUUCCCUGUUCAAAUUCGAAGAACAGCGGAAAGUGACAGCUCCUCAGAUGAAGACAAUGACCAUCGGAACCUUCCACGCCAUCCUCAAAUAAACAUGAAACAAGAACCUAGUGAUUCCAGCAGCCAAGAAGAGGAUAGCCAUCAUAGAACUGUUUCCCAGGGUCAAAUUGCUAAUCGGUUGAAUUCUAGUCGACAAGCUCAUACUAUGUCUAGUUCUGAUGAAUCCGAUGCCAACACAACUGCAGUUAAUAAGCAACCUGUUAGGACUAAUGAAAGUAGCAGUGAAAGUGAUGAUGAACCAACACGCCCCUCAGUCCCAGCUGUUGUUCUUAAAUCAGAGAGGCCCAGCCCUCCUAUUAGUAGUGAAGACAGUAGUGAUGAUGAUGGUGCUAUUGUUCAAAAAUCUGUCCCUGUACCAACCAAUCAUGCAGACAGCAGCAGUAGUGAAGAAGAGUCAGCUGCUCCACAACAGUCCACAAGGAGAGCAGAAACUUCAAGUGAUGAAAGUGACACUGAAGACAGGAAAGUUGCUGUGAGAGCACCAGCUAAUGAUUCAUCUGAUGAAGAAAGUGAAGACAAUAUAAGAAACCCUAAUAUUCCUCUUCAAGCACAAAAUUCUUCUAGUGAAGAGAGUGACGAAGAACAAGAGCAGAAACCUGUGGUCAACAGAGGAAGUAGGGAUGAUAGUGAUAGUGAUUCUGACACUGGUUUUGUUAAUCAAAAUCAAACUUUAAAUGCUACAAAUUCUAAAGAUAUAUCUUCUAGUGAUGAAGACGAUGAACCCACCUCAAAACCUCUAUCUGCCCCUCAAAAACAAAAUAUCAACAAUGAUUCAAGUGAGGAGGAAACAAGUGAGGAUGAGGAGCAAGAUGUUAAACCUUCCUUGUCCACUGUGCAAAAAUCUCACCAAUCUCAUCAAAAUGAUUCAAGUGAAGACGAAUCAAGCGACCCUGAAGAAGAGCAAACCAUUCAACCCAAUACCCCUACAGUACAAAGUUCCCAACUGAUCUCUCAAGAUUCUAGUGAAAAAGGAUCUAGUUCUGAUAAUGAAGAUGACCAAGUUUUUACUUCUACUCAGAGAACUACAGAAGACAAUAAUACAAUGGGAGAUCUUGGUCAGUGGAAACCUCUGGCUCCUAUUUUCUUACCUGGCACCCCCAUAGCCAGAGCAGCUGAGAAAAGUCGACCUUCAAGCGGAAAACUUGGAACAUCUUUGCUUAAAGAAACUUUCCAAGGGACGGAUCGGAUGUAUGUACAAGAUGCCCCUCUCACCACAGAGGAUUUAGGAAGCGAUGAUGAGGUUUGGUUACUUCAGUGUCCAAAAUCGAUGGAUGUUAAAGCUCUAAAGAAGCAGCACAUUAAUCUGGCAGCUGAUACUGAAAUCCAAUUAGAAGAUGGCCCUACGUUUAGGAGAUUUUCAAUUUGUCCUGAGCAGAAUAAGAAGAGUACAAUUAACUGCGUACUUCCUAUCCGUGAAGGAAACAAGUUUCAGAUUUCUUUAAUUCCUGUGAAAGGAAAGGUGGUUAUUCAAGACCACAUCCAUGUACCUAAGUUACGCAUGCCUGAAGCUAUUGCAAAAGCUCCAGUCCCCUUCCCAACUGGACUGAAAGUGCGCCAUCCUCUUCUUGGUAUUGGUUUUGAAGAACAUAUUGCAAAAGCAAAGAGGGCUCUGAAAGAAAAUGAGCGUAAUAAUAAGAAACAAAAGAAGAUUAGUCGUAAAGAGGAGAAGAGAAGAAUUAGUUCAGGAAAUGGCUAUAGUGAAGAGAGCAUGCUAAGUCACUCCAAUCAAAAUAUAUCUACUCAUUCACAGGCAAGAGAUAAGAAAAAGCGUAAGGAUACAAGCCUACAGAAUACCAAUGAUGAUGGAAGUGCUAAAAAGAAAAAGAAGAAUACUUCAUAUUCAAGUGAUACUGCCUAUAGCUCUGAAGCAAAAUCCAUUGAUGACAGUUUUCUACAUGAAAACAAGAAGAAGAAACAUAAAAAGUCUAGAAAAGAUGAGCUAAAUGGAGAAAGUCUCAGUGGAGAACUAAAGCAAGAAAUCACAAGACCAACUUGGCAUAUUCCCCAAGCUGAAACACCAGUCAGUGCAUCAAACAAUGGCUCUUCAUUUGAAGGAAAAAAGAAAAAGAAGUCAAAGAAAGAUUUACUGUCACCGUCACAAGUUAAACAAGAAAGGGACGCAUCAGAAUAUAUGAAUGGCAUAUCAGACACCUUCACUCAUGAAACUUCAUUUUCCAAGAAGAGGAAAAGGAAAGAAGCUGGAGAACCUGAUAUGUCUGAUAUACCAAUAAAGAAAAAGAAGCACAGUAUAUAAUAUUUACAUGGGGUCAUGGGAGCUUUUAAUUUACAUUUGAAAAUGUAAGCUGAGAUUUAUGAAUUGUGUUUUGGACCUUGCCACACGAGCCCUGUCAAAUACCUGGAAACUAAACUAUUCUGCCAGGGAUUUGAAACUAGAGCUUGCAGGUCUUUUGUUGUCAUUGAAAUCUAUUGUGCCUUUCAGAUGACUUUUUAAUGUGAUUCACUUGUAAACAUAUUUUUGAUAUGAUGUGUUGUUCAGUUGCAUUAAAUGCAAUGUGUUGAUUA